AUGCCUUAUAGAGAAUUCAUGUUUAACCAAGAAUUUAAAGAAAAAACCCCAAUUAACAAGCCAUUAGAGUUUAACCCUAAAGCCGAUGGUCCUGCUCAAGUAGAGAAAAUUAUAGAAAACUCACGAGUUCAAAGAAAAAACCCAAUUAACGAGCUGUUAGGGUAUAACCCUAGAGCCGAUGGUCCUGCUCAAGUUAAUUAG